UAGUCACAAUCAUAGCCUUAAUGAAUGUGAUGAAAAUAUUAAAACAGGAAGUAGUUAAUUUUGUUAAGUUUUCUCCUUUCUCUCCUCUACCUCCUUCUUUCUCUCUUUAGAAUGCGGUGAAGAACUGACCACUACAUAUGGGACAAUUAAUUCACCUGGCUAUCCUGGCAACUACCCUCCCAACAGAGAUUGUUAUUGGACCAUUUCAACUAAUCCUGGUCUUCUUAUUACGUUUGCUUUUGGCUUGUUGAGACUUGAACAUCAUGAUAACUGUACCCAAGAUUAUCUUGAGAUUCGAGAUGGCCUCCUCUCACAAGAACCCCUCCUUGGGAAAUAUUGCAGUAUUGGGUUACCACCUCCUCUUCAAACCACUGGUCCAUAUGCUUGGAUACAUUUUCAUUCCAAUGGUUUUUAUAACAAUAGAGGAUUCCAUAUCACAUACAUAACAUCACCCGUGGAUCCCAACUGUGGAGGACAUUAUACAGAUAGUAGUGGGACCAUCAUGUCUCCCUACUGGCCCAAUUCUUAUCUGAACAACAGACAAUGUAUUUAUAUCAUUCGACAGACACCCAAUGAAAAAAUAUACUUGAAUUUCACACACCUAGAGCUGGAAAGACAUCCUAACUGUUCCCAGAACUAUAUUGAGAUCCGAGAUGGCGACACUGAGAUGGCUCCCUUAAUCAACAAGUUCUGUGGAAGUAUACUUCCUUCUGCAAUCACUUCCAGUCAAAGUAGCCUCUGGAUCAAAUUCAAAUCUGACAUUUCAGUUAAUAUUUCUAACUUCAGGGCCACUUAUGAAGUUGCUUGCGGUGGAUCCUUGUCUGGUGAAGGGGUCAUCAGAUCUCCCUACUUUACCAGACCAUUGCCAAAGGGCCGUAUCUGUGAAUGGAUCAUAUCUGAACCUGAAGGCAAUAUUGUGAUUCUUAACUUCAUUAAUUUUCAUAUCUAUAAUGUCACUGCUUGCAAUUCAGAUUAUGUGGAGAUUAGAAAUGGUGGCGAUGCAACUUCUCCUUCUUUGGGAAAAUACUGUGGGAACACUAUACCACCUAGGAUUCAUUCAAGACAUAACUCUCUUUAUAUAAAAUUCAGAGCUUCAUCUACUACAAAUCUUGGCUUCAUGGCUGAAUACAAACCUUUUGAUAUAGGUUGUGGUGCAAUCCUUACAAGUUCUUCUGGAACAUUCAUGUCUCCCAACUACCCUAUGCCCUAUUACCAAAAUAUGAAAUGUUACUGGCUGCUGAAGUCAAGUCAUGGAAAUGUGCUUGAAAUCUAUUUUGAUCAGUUCCAUUUAGAGUCUCAUCCAUCCUGUUACUUUGAUUAUCUUGCUGUGUAUGAUGGCAACAAUAGCAACAGUACCAUGUUAGGCAAGUUUUGUGGUAAUCAGAUCCCAUCCACAAUACGUUCUUCUGGCAAUACUAUGUAUAUAAAUCUAAAUACAGGCUACUCUUUAAAUGGAAGAGGUUUCCUUGCUCAUUUUAAGCAAGUUUGCCAGGGAAUAAUAAUUGCCAACCAGUCCCAAGGCAUUUUGGAGAGUUUGGACUAUCCUAACAACUAUCCUCCAGGUGUAUAUUGCAACUGGACCAUCCAAACUAUAACUGGUAACACCCUGAACUACAGUUUCCAAGCACUUAGCACAAAAGGCGGUGACAGAUGUAAACGUGACCAUUUAAAGCUUUUUGAUGGCCCUAAUACUCAGUCCACUUUGAUUGGCACAUUUUGUGGAGAUAGUAUUCUCCCAUCUGGAGUGACCACGAAUUCCAGUCUUCAUGUGGUGUUUUUUUCUGAUCAAAUAGAUGAGUCUACUGGAUUUCAGAUGCUAUGGAAAGUAAAUGGUAAAUCAUAUUGAUAUUUUGGAAAUUUGGCAGAAAUGAUUUCUACCCCAAAUCAGCAGGAAAC